AUGGCCGACAAACUCACUCGUGUCGCCAUUGUCAGCAGUGACAAGUGCAAGCCCAAGAAGUGCAAGCAGGAAUGUCGCAAGUCCUGUCCCGUCGUCCGCAGUGGAAAGCUGUGUAUUGAGGUCUCUCCGGCUUCUUCUCUUGCUUUCAUUUCCGAGUCGCUAUGUGUUGGUUGCGGUAUCUGCCCCAAAAAGUGCCCCUUUGGUGCCAUUAACAUUAUCAACUUGCCGACCAACCUGGAUUCCAUGGUCACCCACCGAUACGGUCCCAACACCUUCAAGCUUCACCGUCUGCCCACUCCCCGUCCCGGUCAAGUCCUUGGUCUCGUAGGAACCAACGGUAUCGGAAAGAGUACCGCGCUCAAGGUCCUCGCCGGUAAGCUCAAGCCCAACUUGGGCCGAUUGGGCGAAGAUGCCCCCGACUGGGCUGAUGUCAUCCGCUACUUCCGUGGUUCUGAAUUGCAGAGCUACUUUACCAAGCUGCUCGAGGAUGAUCUUCACGCCGUCGUCAAGCCCCAAUAUGUCGACCAGAUCCCCAAGGCCUUCCGUGGUACCGAGCGCAGCGUCCGCGCCAUCUUUGCCAAGCAGGCCGAUGCCAGCAUGGGCAACCUCGAUGCCGUCCUCGACGUUUUGGAGCUGAGACACAUUUACGACCGUGACAUUUCCCACCUGUCUGGUGGUGAGUUGCAACGUUUUGCUCUUGGUCUCGUUUGUGUUCAGCAAAAGGACAUUUACCUCUUUGACGAGCCUAGUUCUUUCCUUGAUAUCAAGCAAAGACUAAAGGCUGCUACCAUGAUCCGAUCUCUCAUCCGGGACGACAACUACAUUAUUGUUGUUGAGCACGAUUUGAGUGUUCUUGACUACAUUAGUGAUUUCGUGUGCGUCUUGUACGGAAAGCCCGGUGUCUACGGUGUCGUUACCCUUCCCUACUCUGUCCGUGAAGGUAUCAACAUCUUCCUCGACGGUUACAUUCCCACUGAGAACUUGCGUUUCCGUGAAGAGUCCCUGACCUUCAAGAUGGCCGAAAGCGCAGACGAGUACCUGAACGAAAAGUCGCGCGCCUUCAAGUACCCCACCAUGGAAAAGACCCAGGGCGACUUCCACCUCAAGAUUGACGCUGGUGACUUUACUGACUCUGAAAUCAUUGUCAUGUUUGGUGAGAACGGUACUGGAAAGACCACCUUCUGUAAGAUGUUGGCAGGUGCGCUCAAGCCCGACGGUGCCGCCAAGAUGCCCGAAAUGUCCAUCUCCAUGAAGCCGCAGACCAUCAACCCCAAGUUUGAGGGAACCGUCCGCCAGCUCUUCUUCAAGAAGAUCCGCACCGCCUUCCUCCUUCCCCAGUUCCAGACCGAGGUCGUCAAGCCUCUGCAACUGGACAGCUUCAUUGACCAGGACGUCAAGAACUUGUCCGGUGGUGAACUUCAGCGUGUCGCCAUUGUCCUGGCUCUCGGAAAGCCUGCUGAUGUCUACGUCAUUGACGAGCCCAGUGCCUACCUGGACUCUGAGCAGCGUAUCGUGGCCUCCAAGGUCAUUAAGCGAUGGAUCAUGAACACCAAGAAGACGGCUUUUGUUGUCGAGCACGAUUUCAUCAUGUCCACGUACCUUGCCGACCGUGUCAUUGUCUUUGACGGUCAGCCCGGUAUCGACGCCCACGCCAACAAGCCCGAGUCUCUCCUUACUGGUUGCAACAAGUUCUUGAAGGCCUUGGAUGUCACUUUCCGUCGUGACACUCAAAACUACCGUCCUCGUAUCAACAAGCUGGACUCUCAACUGGACCAAGAGCAAAAGUUGAGCGGCAACUUCUUCUUCUUGGAGGACCCAACCAAGAGCAGCUAA